AUGUAUCUAGAAAGCUGUGAGGAGGGAGAGAGACAGACAGGAAGCUAUCCAGGCCGAGCCCUGCAACCCCACCCUGAAGUCCAAGUCCCCAGUUUCCUCUUCAGAGCCCCACCCCCGCCCCCAGAAGUACCAUGGCAACCGGACCCCCAGAGGAAACCCCCUUUCUGUGUGUCACCUGCGUGUAACCAGUUCAUGCGAACUGUCCGUGUGGACCUGGAGACUCCGGAGGAGAUACAAGUUCGCAGCCUGGGCAGGCUCUUCAAAUCCUCGAAGCAGUACAUGAGGCAUGUCAUCGCAGAAUAUGAGGCACUGGACAGAGACCUCCCAUGCAUCCGCAAGUUCUCCACCCCUCCCGCCGCCCAGCCGCUCUGCCUGUGCAUGGAGACCUCAGAGGAUUUCACCCACCUGGAGGUGCUGCAGGCGCUGGAGGCCGAGUUACCCGGGGCCAUGGAGGGCGGGCGCGUGAACAGCAUCCGCUUUGAGAACAUGAACGUCAUCUGCGGGACCGCGGGCCGCCGAGACCGACGCGCUCGCGCCUGCUGCGCUCGGGCCUCAGCCCCCGCGGGCUCGCGCACCAGCUGGUGCGCCACGACGACCUGCUGCUGGACGACUACCGCCUGCACCUGCGCCGCUCUCAGGUCCGACGGCGCAUGCUCGAGGCCCUGGGGGCGGACCCGACCGAGGAGGAUUGACGCGCAGGGCGGGUUCCGGCUGUGCCUGCGCCCCGCCCCGCUGGCUCGGGAGACCCAAUCCCCAACCCCGGAGGACGAGGGAGCGGCGCCUCCCCAGGAAGGAGGCGGGGCCGGCUCGAGGGGGUGGAUACUGCGAGUUUAAUUAUAAAGAAUGACCUGGUACAAAAGCCAUUUCUGUCUGCAAAAUCUCGGUGGGGAGUCAGGGGAGGGAGGUGAUGGGGGUAGGGACGAACCCCCACUUUAUAAUCCCGCCUCCCUAACCUUACUCCAGCCCGGAAUGGACCCCGGGGUUCCAAUCCUUUCAGGGACCACCGUAGCAACCCAUGUCUCUCGAGAACCGACGUCUCCACCCGCCCCUCUCCCUCAUCUCCCCACUCCCCUUGGAAGACAAUUCUCGGGCUUUUAUUUCAGGUUUUUUUUUUUCUGAAAAUUUUUUUGUUUUAGGGUUUUUUUUUUUGUUUUGCUUUG